CCACCUGGACCUCCUGGUCCUCCAUCACCUCCUGGGCCUCCAGGUCCACCUGGACCGCCCGGCCCACUUGGGCCUCCAGGUCCACCCGGACCGCCCGGCCCACUUGGGCCUCCAGGUCCACCUGGACCGCCCGGUCCUUUGGGAUCCUUUGGCUUUUUGGGACCACCGGGUCCUUUUGGAUCCCUUGGGUCUUUGGGACCCCCAGGUCCUUUCUCAUCCUUUGGUUUUUUGGGACCCCCGGAUCUUUUCGGAUUCCUUGGGUCUUUGGGCCCGCCAGAUCCUCCGUGGAGAGGACAGUUAUCAGGAUUCUUUGCUCCGCACGGAUUUCUUCCGGGACCUGAUGGCCUUUCAGGACUACUGUUGCCACUGGAACCCCCGGGCCCAACAGGACCUUCAGGACAGUGUAAUGGGCAGUGCAAUGAACACCCUGGUCGUUUUGGAUUACCAGAUCCGUCUGGUCCUCCUGGUCCGUUUGGGCCGCCAGGCCCACCUGGACCUCCGGGCCCACCUGGACCUCCGGGCCCACCUGGACCGCCAGGUCCUCUGGGUCCACUGGGUCCACUCCCAUCUGGGCAACGUCUGGGCUUUUUAUUGUUUGGAUCAUUUGGUCCGUUUGGACCACCUGGACCGCCAGGCCCACCUGGACCACCAGGCCCACCUGGACCUCCUGGCCCACCUGGUCCUCCAGUUCCUGUUGGACCUCCGACUCCGCCGGGACCACCGGGUCCUCUUGGACCUCCCGGACCACCUGGUUGUCCUGGUGCCCCUGGUUGUCCCGGUGCACCUGGUUGCCCUCCUGAUGGUGCACCUGGUUGUCCUGGUUGUCCUGGUGCACCCGGUUGCCCUGGUGCACCUGGUUGUCCUGGUGCACCUGGUUUUCCUGCUCCACCGGGAGCACCCGGACCUACUGGGUAA